AUGGCUACCCCUAGUGUCCUCGCUUUUGACGCUGAGGGUCGAGCCAUUGACUUUGAGGUCUGGGUCGACGACCUGCAGCUGUUCUUACAGUGCGAUAAGGCGGACGGCCUUUCCCUCUUUGACCUCACCUCUGGCGCCUCUCCUGCCCCUGCUGCUGAUGCUGACCCCGCUGUUCGCUCUCAGUGGGCCACCCGCGAUGCUGCUGCACGUCUUGCUGUGCGUCGCCACUUGCCCACCACUGAGCGCACGCACUUUGGUCAGUACAAGAGUGCUCAGACCUUGUAUGACGCUGUAGUUGCGCGCUACUCUUCCCCUGCCACUGCUGCACUGAGCCGUCUCAUGCUACCGUACCUCUUUCCUGAUCUCACUGCCUUUCCCACUGUCGCUGACCUCCUUACGCACCUCCGCACUAGUGACACUCGCUACCGCGCCGCCCUUCCUGCUGAGUUCUGCGCCAAGAACCCCCCCCCCAUGUACAUCACUCUCUACUACAUAGUCACACGCCUCCCUGACUCCCUUCGCGUAGUCAGGGACCACUUCCUCUCAGUCUGUCCCACCACUCUCACUGUCGACCUCCUCGAGAAGGCCCUCCUAGCGGCGGAGAAGAGCAUCGUCGCUGUCGGAGCCUCUCGUGGUGACCCUCGCACCCCCAUCUUUGAGGGGUGUUCUCCUUCCCCCCUACUACCCUCUGUUACCUCUGCUGCUACUGCCGACCUGCUUGGUCUUGAGUCGGUCGGCGCGGCGUUUGCCCCUAGCGGGAGACGCCGCCCUGGCAAGGGCAAGGGGGGCAAGGGCGCGGGUGGAACUGGAGGGGGCGGUGGAGGUGGCGGUGGAGGCGGCGGAGGGAGUGGGGGUGGCGGUGGGAGUAGUGGCGGAGGCGGUGGUGGUGGUGGCAGCGGCGGAGGAGGCGGCGGUGGCGGCGGCAGCGGUGGGAGUGGAGGCGGCGGUGGUGGCGGAGGUGGAGGCGGCGGUGGCGGAGGGGGUGGAGCUGGUCGGGGUGGUGCCCCGCAGCGGAGCGGCUCUGGUAGUGGUCAGCGCCAGCAGCAGCAGCAGCAGCAGCGUUCGCGGGACAUCCCCCCGCCCCUGCAACUCCGUGAGUGGUACACGCAGCGUCAGAGGGGUGGGGGUACUGGUCCGUGCGCCUACGUCCUUCGUUCCGGCGACCGCGCGGGUGAGCAGUGUGGGGGUGCCCACCCCACCCAGCGCUGCUUUGGCCGCCUGACGGACGCUUGGCGUCAGCAGUUCCCAGAGGCUAGUGAGAUUCCCCGCUGGGGAGAGCUGUCUAGGGCUGGUGUAGCUAUCUUUGAUCUUGACUUUGAUGCUAUCCUUGCUGCCAUGUAUGCUGUGACUAUUAGUGAGGAGGGUGACUGUUACCGGUGUUUCCCGCCCGACCCGGGCAUUGGUACUGCUGCGUUAGGUGCUUGUGAGGCUGCUGCUCUAGGUGCCAGUGCGUCUGCGCUCUCAGGUACUGGUGAGGCUGCGCUCCCAGACCGCACCACACUCACGCCGCUUGGUCGGCCGGUUGCAGUCUCCCUGGCUGACCCCUCUGGGGGUCCUGUCCUCUCUCAUUUCUCCACUGUCCUCCCGUGUCCGGCUGCCCCCUCGGGCACCCUGUCUGGUCUGUACCUCCCCUCGUUCUCUACGAACUUGGUGAGUGGUGCUGACCUGCAGGAUGCGGGGGUUCACCAGUUUACUCCUGCGAGUCAGCGGGUGACCCACUGCACGGACGCACGCACAGGCCGGCACCUGGCCACGUUCUCGCGUCGGCCAGGGUCGAGCCUCUACACCCUGACCACUGAGUCUCCUCCUGUCCCUGCGUCUGGCCAGGUAGCUGCGUCAGGACCUUCCUGUGUCCCCUGUGUCGAGGGGCGCCUCCGGGCUGCUCCUCACUCCUCCCAGUUUCCCACGACAGAGGCUCCUCUGCAGACACUUCACAUGGACGUGUGGGGCCCGGCCCGCGUCCGUGGGCAGGGUCACGAGCGCUACUUCCUGCUGGUGGUUGACGACUACUCGCGUUACACCACAGUCUUCCCCUUGCGCAGCAAGGGUGAUGUCACUGAGACCUUUACGCUUCCGGACUCUCCACAGCAAAAUGGGAUUGCUGAGCGCCGCAUUGGCAUGGUCAUGGACGUCGCUCGUACGUCCAUGAUGCAUGCGGCUGCCCCCCAUUUUCUGUGGCCGUUUGCGGUUCGGUACGCGGCGCAUCAGCUCAACCUUCACCGCAGGGUCUCCCGGCCGGAGACCUCCCCAGCUCUGCUGUGGACGGGGAAGGUCGGCGAUGCGUCUGCGUUCCGUGUCUGGGGAUCUCGGGCGUUUGUCCGCGACUUGUCUGCGGACAAGCUGUCCCCUCGUGCUGCUCCCUGUGUCUUCCUGGGCUUCCCCUCUGACGCCCCAGGGUGGCAGUUCUACCACCCCUCCUCUCGUCGUGUUCUGUCCUCCCAGGACGUCACUUUCGACAAGCCGGUCCCCUUCUACCGUCUCUUCCCCUACCGCACUCCUUCCCUUCCCCCACCGCCACACUUCCUUGUGCCAGGUCCCCCCCCGGUAGACCCCCUUCCCCCUCAGGGUCCUGCCCCUUCUGGUGUGUCCCAGGUUGACGCAGUCGAGCCGGUCAAGGUUGCUGGUGACUCAGGUACUGCUGCGGGUGCUGAGCCUGGGGGUGCUGACUCUGGGGGUGCCCUGCGCGUGGGUGCUGCGCCUGGGGGUGCUGAGACUGGGGGUGCUACGCCUGGGGGUGCUGAGCCUAGGGGUACUGCGACUGGGGGUGCUGAGCCUAGGGCUGCUGAGUCUGGGGGUACUACGUCGGGAGCUGCUGAGCCUGGGGGUGCUGCGUCUGGAGCUGCUGAGCCCUGGGGUGCUGAGUCUAGGAGUGCUUUGUCAGGAGCUGCUGAGCCUGGAGGUGCUGCGUCUGGGGCUGCUGGGCCUGGAGGUGCGGAGCCUGCGGCCGCUGGACCUCCCCUUGUGGCGUCUGGCGGUGCUGGGCCUGGAGGUUCUCUGGGUGCUCCGUCUCGGCGGGAGCCACUCUCUCCACAGGAGCUGCGCGAGUGGUUUGCUCGCCACUGGAGGCGUGCUGCUGGAGCUGGAGCUUCUUCGGCCGCUGAGGGUGCUGGUGCCGCCGGUCCCGGGGCUGUUGGGCCUGCAGGUCCUACUGGAGCUGGCGCUGCUGAGGGUGCUGGUGCUGAGACUGCUGCUGUCUGUCCUGACGGUGGUCCUGCUGCUGGUGCUACUGGAGGUCCUGCCGCUGGAGGUGCUGUUGGCGCUGGUGCUGCCGGAGGUGCUGAGGGUGCUGGUGCUGUCCCUGCUGUGUCUGGAGUCGCCGCGCGGCCUCGGCCGUACUUCGUUCCACUCCUGCAGCAGGUUCUUGGUCUUUCUCCUCCUGUAGAGUGUCCACCGCCUGUCCAGUCACCGUCACAGUUAGAGCCCGCCUCCCCACUUCCGGCUCCCUCUCCUUACACUGGUCCUACUGGAGGUCUUGCUGAGCGUCGUGAGCCUGCGUCUCGUCCCGCGUCGCCUGUUCGUGCUGCUCGCACUAGUGGUCGCGGUUUGCUUCAGCGUCCUCCUCCUGUCCCUGGCACGCACCGGAUGUCUCUGCGUCCGUCCACUACUCCUCUGCGUGCCCCUUUGCCUUCUCCUCCUGCGUCCUCUCUUCCUGAGCUUGCUGACCCGGAGUCAGACUCUCUUCGUACUGCCAGUCCUACUGUCACGCGGCUCCUUGCUACUGUCGUCACUGACCCCUCGUUUGAGUCCGCUGCUGCGUCUGCGCUUGUUGCUGAGCUCGUCGACUUUGCUGCUCGCUGUCGUCUAGACUACACUGCCAGUCUUGUUGCUGAGUCUGCGUCUGUCUGUCCUCCGUCCGUCGGGGGUGAGUGUGCUCUUGGCACGGACGUCCUUGAGGACAGGCAGGAGGAGUUCCAGUGUCUGGCUACUGCUUCACCUCAUCUCGCGUCUGUACUGCUUGCCUCUAAGGGAGACCCGGAUGCACUAGACAUCCCGACUCCGCGCUCUUACGCGGAGGCCGUAGAGGGUCCCUACUCCUCUCAGUGGCAGGCAGCUAUGGAUGCAGAGAUGGCUUCCUGGAAGUCCACAGGCACCUACGUUGACGCGGUUCCCCCUCCUGGGACGAACAUCGUCAGUGGCAUGUGGAUCUUCAGGGUGAAGCGGCCGCCGGGCUCUCCACCUGUCUUCAAGGCGCGGUACGUUGCUCGUGGCUUCAGUCAGCGGCAGGGAGUUGACUACUUUCAGACCUUCUCUCCCACCCCGAAGAUGACUACUCUUCGGGUGCUGCUGCACAUAGCCGCUCAGCGCGACUACGAGCUCCACUCUCUUGACUUCAGCACUGCUUUCUUGCAGGGUAGCCUGCACGAGGAGAUCUGGCUGCGCCGUCCACCUGGCUUCACUGGGACUUUCCCUCCUGGCACCCAGUGGAGCCUCCGACGGCCAGUCUACGGUCUCCGCCAGGCACCGCGUGAGUGGCACGACACACUGAGGACUACGCUUGCGGCUCUUGGGUUUGCUCCCUCUACUGCUGACCCUUUGCUGUUUCUGCGCACCGACACUUCUCUGCCGCCGUUCUACAUCCUCGUGUACGUCGACGACUUGGUCUUUGCCACAGCUGACACUGCUAGACUCGCCUACGUGAAGUCCGAGCUGCUGAAGAGACACACAUGCACAGACCUGGGUGAACUGCGCAGCUAUCUUGGCUUGCAGAUCACUCGGGACAGAGCACGCCGCACCAUUACCUUGACUCAGUCACACAUGGUGCAGCAGGUCCUUCAGCGCUUCGGCUUCACGUACUCCUCGCCUCAGGCCACUCCUCUGUCUACUCGCCACUCGCUCUCAGCUCUGCCUUCGGAUGAGUCCGUAGAGUCGAGUGGCACGUACCCAGAGCUUGUUGGCUGCCUCAUGUACCUGAUGACCUGCACACGACCUGACCUUGCAUACCCUCUUAGCAUUCUUGCACGCUAUGUUGCUCCUGGGAGACACCGACCAGAGCACAUGGCUGCAGCGAAGAGGGUGUUGCGCUACCUGUGCAGUACGUUGGGCAUGGGGCUAUUGCUUGGAGGGCGGAGUCCAGUGGUCCUUACGGGGCACGCGGACGCUUCUUGGGCUGACGACCAGGCUACGCAGCGGUCGUCACAGGGUUACACCUUCAGUCUUGGUUCCGGCUCUGUCUCGUGGCGGGCUACUCGCUCGUCUUCUGUCCUCAGCUCCAGUUGUGAGGCUGAGAUCUAUGCCGGGGCCAUGGCUGCACAGGAGCUACGCUGGCUCACCUACCUGCUGACUGACCUUGGAGAGCCGCCUCGUUCUCCUCCAGUUCUGUACGUAGACAACAAGGCCAUGCUGGCCUUGUGUCGGGAGCAGCGCCUGGAGCACAGAACGAAGCACAUUGCUCUCCGCUACUUCCUUGCUCGUGAGCUACAGCAGCGUGGACAGUUGCGGCUUGCGUACGUGGCCUCUGAGGCCAACACUGCUGACGUGUUCACCAAGGCACUCGCGCCUUGUGACCAUCAGCGCUUCUGCACUCAGCUGGGUCUUGUACCUGUCUUGCCUCACUUGCUCUCCUCUUGA